AUGAGGAUACUUCGCAGCGUGAUUUAUCAGGUAGAGCAACCACACUUUGUCUCGCUCAUCAGAGUAUGUCUUAGUGGUUGUAGAGUCCGGAUUUGUGCAUGUGAUGCAAUUACCCUUUUUUACAACGGGAAAUGCAUUACUGCCUACUUCAUUUCCCCUGCAAGGGUCCACGAGAUUAUGUGGGGGUUUCUCCAGAAGAGGGCUAAUCGAAAUGCAGGGAUAUACCCAUUAAAACUCACCGAUGUCCCAGCGGGCGAUGCGUGCGCCCCUCGCUACGUGUCCUUUGUGUCCCACAAACUGAACCAACGAGACCCCGUGGGUACCUGCUUCGUCACCAAAACCUCUGACGUCAGCAAAGUUGAAGAAAUAUCUCCUUGCAGAACUACGAGUCACGGGCAAAGGAAAACGGGCGUGUGCCAAGCUGGUUUUUCCGCUGCCGUUUCUAAGGAUGGUGAAAGAUUAUUCAUGGGAGCUCCAGGCAGUUUCUACUGGCAAGGGCGAACGUUAACAAUAGACCUUACCAUCGAAAACUUCAACUAUUUUAUGCCGAACAUACCAGAAGAAGGUCAACUAUAUUCUCGGAAUACGAGUCAAGUGAUCCUAAUAGCUACUCCUGAAGCUAGCCCUAAGUAUGACGAUUCGUACAUGGGGUACUCAGUAACAGUAGGAGAUUUCGUUGGCCAUGGUAUCCAGGGUGUUGCAGUUGGUGUGCCACGGGGUGCAGACUUAAAAGGCUUGGUUGUUCUCUACACCCGUGAUCUUCAAAAUUUCAAAAACAUAACAGGCUCACAGAUUGGUGCAUAUUUCGGCUAUAGCCUUGCCUCCGGUGACAUUGAUGGUGAUGGUACAGAUGAUAUAAUUAUCGGAGCCCCCAUGUUCACGAAGAAGAAAAGUGAUGGUUACGAACAUGGAAGAGUUUAUAUUAUUUAUCAAGGAAAAGAUAGAUCUUUUAUGAGGCAUCACGCUAGAACCGGUGAAAUAUCUCGAGGCAGAUUUGGAUUGGCUGUCACGUCACUAGGAGAUAUCAACUUGGAUGGAUUUGGAGAUGUUGCCAUUGGUGCUCCAUACAGUGGCGAGAACGGUCGAGGUAUUGUCUACAUUUAUUUAGGUGGUAGAAAUGGUAUUUCCGAGAAACCUUCGCAAGCAAUAACUGCUGAGGAAAUCUCCCCGUCCCUCACCACCUUCGGAUUCUCCCUUUCCGGUGGUGUUGAUCUCGACAACAAUAACUACACCGACUUAGCUGUUGGAGCGUAUAAAUCUGAUAGCAUUGUCUUUUUGAAAUCUCGACCAGUAGUGAAAGUAAUGGCUGAAGUCAAGUUUAUGGGAGAGAGUAAAACUAUAUCCUUGACGGAGAAAGGAUGCACCCUGUCUAAUGGGACACAGGUGGCCUGUGCCGAUGUCAUGUUCUGUUUGACAUAUAAUGGGAUCAACGUUGACCAGCAGAUUAAUUUUGAAGUAACACUGGACCUGGACUCACGCCAGAAGACCACGAAACGAUUAUUCCUCAUGGAGACGAGAGAGACCACUUACAAGACCCACAUACUGUUGACUCAAGGUCACCAGGAAUGUAGGGACAUCAAGGUUUAUCUAGACGAGGAGUUCCGAGACAAGCUAACACCGAUCGAAGUCAAGAUGUCAUACGAGUUAAUAACGCAGCCAUCGGGCAAAGUGGUGCCACCAGUCUUGGACCAAACCGAGGAAAUGGAACAUACGGAUUCACUCAACAUUCCUAAGAAUUGUGGCCCUGACAACAUCUGCAUUCCCGACCUUAGACUCGCCGUAACUACCCCUACCGUUAACUACGUGCUCGGGUCCGGGGACAACGUGAACAUCGACGUGCGGGUGGAGAACGCGGGCGAAGACGCGUUCGAGGCGGCGUACUACCUGCAGCUGCCCGCGGGCGUCACCUACGCCAAGAUGGAGCGCCUGGACCAGGAGCGCGCGCACGCCGCGCCCGUCUACUGCUCCGUCGAGACCAGGCGGCAGCGCGGCAACGCCACGCUCAAGUGCGACAUGGGCAACCCAAUGCCUAGUCGGCAAAAGGUAGUAGUCAAAUAUACUCAGAGAGUCCACUUUCGUUUAGUGCUGGAGGUAGACGCGCGAGUGACAGCGCUGAACUUUGACAUGGAAGCCAACUCCACGAAUCCUGAGCAAGACACAAAUUACGACAACACUAUGCGCUUGUCCAUUGGAGUCGUCAUUAGAGCUCAUCUAUCAGUCUACGGAGCAUCAGAUCCACCAGAGCUGCACUAUAACGCAUCAUUGUAUGGGUUGGAUGUGUCAGGUGACGACGCACGUCUGGGGCCGCAAGUUAUACACAAGUACAACAUCAAGAACGAGGGUCCCUUCACUGUGGAGGAAGCAGAGAUAUUCGUCAUGUGGCCCUAUCAGACCCUCGCAGGUGAAAAUUUGAUGUACAUGCUGGAGCAACCGCAAUGGCUGGGUGAUAUGCGCUGCGACGUCGCGCGUCAUGUCAACCCCGAGAACCUUAGGAUCCAGACGCAGUACAUCAGCCUCCUCACUAAAGAGAAAGAAGCCAUGAUGAGCAGUAAUUUAUAUUCGGAAGUACAAAUCAAUAGCGGCGGUGGUUACUAUGGGCAAAAUAUUUGGGAAGAAAGCUCACAGGCAGGUGGCCAACAUGGAAGUGGACAUUUCGGUACUAACCAGGCUACAGGAAGUCAAUCAUCCAGUCGUUUCGGUGCGGGGCAAUCUUCUGGUAGUUCGUUCCAAGAAAGCCAGUCGUCCAGCAGGCAUUAUGGAUCUAGUCAGUCAAGCGGAGGUCAUUAUGGAACCGGUCAGUACGGGACGAAUCGAGGAAGCUCCGUCGUCAGCAGUCAAUCGUCGGGUGGACAAUACGGGACUGGUCAGGCUUCCAGCGGUUCCACCGUUAACAAAAAGUAUUGGAGCGAUUCCUAUGGUGAAAAUUUCACUGUCGAGGAGCAGGAACAGAUAAGGAGAGCUCUGGCGGCUGCCGCCACGAAUCCGGCUGGUGAAAUAGUUCUCGAUAAUGGCAAAGUAGUGCGAAUAAGAAAUAUCACCAAAUAUUACGACGGACAGGGGAGAGUGAUAUCUCAAUCGGAGACGAGCACCGAGUAUGGAACAUUAGGCCGCGAAGGGGAAAACGGCAGCUCGUUCAAUGUCUAUGCCAAUCGCGGAGGUAUCGCCACCGGUUCCGGAAACAGUUAUUCACAGUCUUCGGGACAAGGCUACGUUCAAGGAUCCAAUAGAUACGCACAAGGAGGCGCUUACAAUCGCGACUCCAGCCAAGCUGCCGGACAGGGAUUCGUGCACGGUUCUUGGGGCACCACCGAAACUGUCAAUGCUGAUAUAAUGAACGCUGGCUCCACGUCAUACCGCGGGGCUUCCGUCACUAAGGUCGGGGAUGAUGACGAUGACCUCGAAGGCUUUGCUGCGAAUGCGGCUCUCAAUCCCAACAACGAAUUCAAGAUCGGAAUGGCUGAAGUAUCGGAUAGCCACGGCUCAAGCCAGAACAGUGCCGGAGUACAAAGCGGGGUUUAUCAAACCGGUAGUAGGCAGGGAGAAAGUGUCAUCCGCAAUGGUGGUUACCAAGGAGGAGCGAGUUACCAAAGCGGUGGUGCAUCGCAAGCCAGCGGAGGAUAUCAAUCAAGGACUGGCGGAGGAUAUUCUUAUUCCACUCGAUCUGGCGGCCAGUCGUACAGCUACGGCACUGGUUACAGUUCAUCGUCCCAAGAAAGAAGCACUAGGAGACGUCGCCAAGAUCAGGUGAAUUCUGAGUUGAAAGAAAUUCUGGAGAAAUGUGAAGAGAAGUACAAGUGUGAGGUGCUGAGAUGCACUACUGGCCGUUUGGUCAAAGGUCAAGAGAUCUGGUUGGCUUUGAAAUCUAGGAUAAACGCUUCCGUUUUAAAUGAGGGUCUGUGGGACUCCUCCUGUGGUCCCGCCCCCAGAAUGGGGACUAGACAAAGUACAGGAGUUUACCCACUAAAACUCAGCGAUGUCCCUCUCAUGGUGGGCGAGGCGCGGGAUCAGCCCGGAGGCCAUACACCGCGCAGUUCGCCCCCAUUUCGGUCCGCCCCGAAAAGGGCAGGUCCCUCGCGGGUUGGGCGGCACAUCUCAGAGACACUCGAGACGUACCCCCCAGACAGGGCGGAGACGUGCAAUGCCGGCUAG